AUGUCAACUGAAUCUUUUACUAAUAUUAGCAAUGGCACAUUAGUGGAUAAAUUAGAAAAUGGGGGGGUUAUGGUAGAAGCUGCAUUGGCUGAGUUCCACGUGAAAUAUCAAACCUUAUUUUUUAUUGCUACGAUUGUUACUUCAAUUGCAGGGUUUUUUGCAGCAUUAUAUUCAUUAUUUGGGUUUCAUCCCACAAACUUUAUCAAUUCUUGUUUUCAACUUUUGCUUGGGGUCAUGUUAAUAUUACUAGAUGUUCCAGGACAGCCUAGAUGGAGUGCAAAAGUAAGAAAUGACAUAAGAAAACAAGCUAGAAUUCUUUCUAAGUUAACUGGGAAAUCUCUAUCCCUUUUGUUUUUAUCUUGCCUAACUUCAGUUACACUGUGGCCCUACAAGAAGAAUACAGCAUCUUCAGGCCUACUCAUUGUAGUGGCUUUUCUUAUAUGUUUAAGUGUAGCUUGUGUUGCAGGGAUAGGACUUAUUAUUGCUUUAGAGAAAAGUAUGCGUUUAAAUAAAAUUAAAAAAAAUAUUAUUACAAGUUAUGCUGCUACUGGUACUUGUAAUCCAAUAGAGAUAUAUCGAUGUUAUGCAACUUCUGAUCCUUUAUUUGGUAUGCAAGUAGAUGAAUUCAAUAGAUUAGUUGGAGAUAGGACAUCAUAUCAUGAUCAAUUCUCUCCCAAUGACCUUUCUAUUAUUUUUAAUGCUCUAGAUGACAAUCAGAAGGGAGCUGUUAAUGAGAGGGAAUUCGUCGAUUUUCUAACAUCAACAUUAAUACUACUUUAG